CUUCCGCUUACGCACCAGGAGGCGACCGGAAAUAAGUGGGCGUCCCGGAAGUUGAAGGGCGUGUCCUGCUAGCUUGGCUUCCUCAACAUGGCGGCCCCCUUGUGUGUGGAGGUGGAGUUCGGAGGUGGUGCGGAGCUCCUGUUUGAUGGAGUGAAAAAACAUCAAGUCACCUUGCCUGAGCAAGAGGGACCCUGGGACAUCCGGAACCUCCUUGUCUGGAUCAAGAAGAACUUGCUAAAAGAGCGGCCAGAGCUGUUCAUCCAGGGAGAGAGUGUGCGGCCAGGAAUUCUGGUGCUGAUUAACGAUGCCGACUGGGAACUGCUGGGGGAGCUGGACUACCAGCUGCAGGACCAGGACAGCAUCCUCUUCAUCUCCACACUGCACGGCGGCUGAGGGCUCCUCUGUGAGCCCAGGCACCUUUGUGAGGGGAGCACAGGACAACCACACCUCUCCUUGGGCCCUGCUUCCAGGUCCUCAGUCCCCCUUGGCUGCCUCCUUCUCUGCUGUACCCCUGAGCUCCCUCUAGGCAGGGAAAAGAGGCCAGGUGCUAAAAAUGAGCCUUUCUGGGCAAGGCACGUGAGCAGGGAGGGAGAGCAGAUGCCUGAGCCCAGCACUCCUUCCCGCAGAGGUGGGGGAGGGUGCUCCUUAAUAUGUCAGGAGUGGAGGGGGCUCUAUGCCCAGGUGAUCCAGCUGCUUGCCACUCCUGUGUCUUGGUAUAUCUAAGCACUUGAGUGACUGCCUGAAAGACAUCUUCAUGGGGAAGAUGGAUGAACUGGAGUAACUGAUGAGAAGCCCCUCUCUUGCCAAAGAUUAGAGGGGCCUCCGCCUCAGUUUCCCCAUCUGGACACUGAAGACUCUGCUUGUCCCCCACUGAUGUCAUUAUGGAACCCCAGCUGGGGUCCCCUAUUCACUGCUCACCUCCCUCCCUCCACCCAGCAGCUGCUCUCCUAGCCACACCCCUCCCCCCCAGCCCUUGACCCUGGCUGGCCUUCCCCCUACAUAGGCUACCAGAUGGGCUCCUGAGACACUCUCCAGACUGCCUACAACUCAUUCUGUUAGGGAGAGAAUGUAAGGAAGUAACCUAGCCUUAGACAGCAGGCAGGGCCUCCAUGUGUAUAUAACUCCUAGCUUCCUGAAAUAAGCAAGGUUUGAAUGUGCAGCACCUGGUAGACAGAGGAUUGUGCCCUCCUUUCCUCCAUCCCUUCUGGAAAUCUGGGGACCUUGUGCCUACAGCAGCUGGCGUUGGACAAAUAAAGAGACUAGGUUUUUUACUACCCUUGCUUAGAGCUUCAUCCUUAGAAACUGGUGGUACCCUGUAUUCCGCAAAUCUAUGGCUCUGUUCUGGCCAAAGGCUCAGAUGGCCUUCACCUGAAAGGCUCACACAUGCACUGUUCCAAAGAGAGGGUGGUUCAGUAAGGCCAUCCGGAGAAGAGAGUGUCCAGAUCCUGAGCCAUUCUCACCCGCGGUCUAAGCCUAGGGUUUGUUCUGCCAACUGCAGUCAGCAGUUCCAGAACCCAGAGGAGGGUGGCCUAAGUAAGGAUGCUGAGCCCCGUGACUUCCACGACCUGCAGAGAAAAGCUUCAUCUGACCCUAAGUGUUGCUUCAUG